UCUCAUUGGAAUAUCACAAGGAGUCUUUACUUGACGAACCAUUUUUGACAUUAAAAGAAUCACAUCUUUACAUUGACGACUUCGAAGACCACAGCACUAACGCUGUCACGCAUCACCACCAUCAAUCUAAUAGGAUUCUUGCACCGAUUCGCAGGUUAACAAUGAAACUUUACAACGUGUCACCGGAACCUCUGAUCUCUUUACUUUCCUCCCAUUUCACCACCUUACAAGAAAUCUCAUUGCACAUAGUAUUCGAACUGACGCCCAUACCCAUGGAAAAUCUAAGAAAGUUGGUAAAAAAUAAUACUGAAUUUAAAAAAUUGAUGUUGUACACAAUCCAGGGUAGGCGGACAUUUGUUGGCGAAGUGUUGGAGAAAUUCAAGAAUGGUGGAGAAUUACCAGAUGUGGAAUGUUGGUGGAUUCCAGACUUGGUUUGA